AUGGCUUCUACUUCGAGUCAAGGUACGAGCGCUGCAGUAAUAACCCAGAGAGGAUUCGUCACACUGCCCGACGUCAAAAAUGUCAACAUCUACUAUGAGUUGCACAACCCUGUUCAUGCACGAACGACCAACCAGAUGCCGGUAGUCUUGCUUUCAAAUUCCCUCGCUGCCAAUACUGCGUUGUGGAAACAUGUCGUUGAUUCAUUUUCAGCUGAGUAUACGAUCCUGACAUACGACCACCGGUUUCAUGGCAAAUCUCCUCUUCCGGAUACGGGGGUCGGCAGCUACGAUUUCGAACAAGGACACGACAUUGCCGACCUAGCAGCAGAUGUCAUUGCUCUUUUAGACGCUCUCAAAGUUCAAAAAGUCCAUGCUGCGGUCGGCCUCAGUAUUGGAGCGGCUGUGGUGUUGGUAGCCGGAGCUUCGAACCCAGGAAGAUUUGACCAGAUCCUUGUUGUAGGGACGAAGGCCGAGGCAUCUCCGGGAGACGAUGCAUCGCACGAUGCUCGCAUUGACCUCGCGAAAGCCCAGGGAAUGUCGGCCAUGAAUGAACAAUCACUAAAGAGAUGGUUUGGCGAAGGAUGGAUUGCGAAGAACCCAGACACGGCGGCAUUCGUCAAGGACGAAGUGCUAGCUGGUACACCUGUCGAGGGUUUCAUUGCAAGCGUUCAGGCUCUCAAGCGACUGAACCUGUGGGCAAGUGUGGAUAAGAUCUCACAAGAAGGUCAUGGAGACAAAUUCCUAUUUGUGGUUGGUGAAGACGACGCACCGGUCGUGGUCAGGGAUACCAAGGCGUUGGCCGAGAGAGCUGGGUCGGCAUUCGUAGAAGUCGGGAACUCGGGACAUAUUGUCAGCGUCCAGAACCCCGAGGCCCUGGAAAGGCUUAUUCGCGAGAGACUCGGUCGCCAUCUAUCUUGA